UAAAAUUCAUUAUCAAUCGUUGAAUAAUUGGAUUUAAAUAAUAACAAGUUAUAUAUGAAGUAAUUAUUUAUAUUAAAGAAGUAUUAAGUUAUUAAAUGCCUAGUAAAUCCACACCUCCAUUUUAAACGUAGUGCUUCUCUAUUAUAUAUUUAAAUGGAUACGAUAUAUACGGGUAGGGUGCACGGCUUUACGAAUUUGAGUAGAGCCGGAUUAGAGCCCGCUCUAACCGAAGAGAGUAUCCUUUCUUUGAUGGUCGUUUUGGGUAGCAGCAUAUCAUUAGUGGCUCUGGUGUUUGCGUUUAUAACGUACAGUUUAUUUUCUGAUUUACGUAAUCUUUCUGGAACGACUCUGAUGAAUCUCCUGGCGGCCCUUUUCAUGACGCAAUUGUUGUACGUUGUCGGCGUAGGGGGGGUGUCGGAUUCUGAGUUGUGUAUAUCGUUGGCGUUUGCUUUGCAAUACGCCAGGCUGAGCAUCUUCUUUUGGAUGAUGUUGAUGGCCCAUAAUAUGUACAAUCAAUUCAGAACCGGGCUACAACUAGCGCCGGUGGUGGAUAACGACAUAACCAAACAUUUUAUAAGAUACUCUUUAUUCGGAUGGGGUCUACCUCUACUUCUUCUGUUUGUAAGUGUUUUGAUUCAGUAUGAAGAAAAAGGGGGGAAAUUGUUGGAUACUAUGUCUCUAAAAAAACAAAAUUGCUGGUUUCUGGAUCCCAACGCUUUCAUUUACGGUCUAAUAUCACCCAGUUUCGUCAUCAUCAUAAUCACCUUCAACUAUUUGAUACGAUCGACGUUUCUGUCGAUAUACAUCAUCAGUUUCCAGACAGAUAUUAGAACCAAAGAAAAAAUGAAUAAUAAAAGAACCCUUCAAAUUCUCCUUUUCGUAAAGAUAACGACUGUUAUAACUGUCGUUAUGAUUCUAUCGACUUUCGCUAAGUUUUUCAACGAAUCCGAUACGUUUCGGGUGGCUUAUCACGUGUCGCAAGGUACCCAAGGGCUCUUGGUGGCCCUGUUGGUGACCUGCAAUUGUCGAGUGUUGAAAUUGUACACGAAAAGUUUGAAAAAACGCGCAAACAAACACGUGGACAGCGCCGCGUCGUAUUUUAGUAAAUCAACCAGUUUACAAUUAUUGACGUGGAAAUCGCCGGAAACGGUUUGAAUUAUAGGGAUUUUUUUUGGGACGUCCUGUAUAUUUCGGGAUGGUGUUUGGUCGAUAAUUAUUUUUGGAUAUGUUCCUCCCGGAUUUCGAUUGUAAAUUUUUGGUUAAUUUGACGUCGAAUUUUGUACUUUGUUUUUGAUUUCACACGCUUUCGGCGAAGUUUUCAAAGCGUGUUUGCCAAAUUUUCAUGAAAAAUGCGUUAAUUAGUCCAAAUUCGCUAUAAUUCUUGUUUUUUUUGCUUCGUUUCUAGACGGUUCGGCGGAAAAUUCGAAGCGUAUCCGGCAUGUUUGCAAAAAAUACGCACAUUCGGCAAAAUCUAUGAAGUGCGCUUACAAAAAAUUUUCCAAAAAUGCGUUAAUUCGUCCAAAUUCGCUAGAAUUCUUGUUUUUUUUUCUUCGUUUCUAGCGCAUUCGGCGGAAAAUUCGAAGCGCAUCCGGCGUAUUGGGAAAAAAUACGCACUUUCGGCAAAAUAUUUGAAGUGCACUUACAAAAUUCCCUAAAAAUACGUUAGUUCGUCCAAAUUCUCUAUAAUUUUUGUUUGUUUUGCUUCGUUUCUAGUGCGUUCGGCGGAAAAUUCGAAGCGCAUACGGCAUAUUUGCAAAAUUUACGCACAUUCGGCAAAAUCUUUGAAGUGCACUCACAAAAUUUUACAAAAAUGCGCGAAUCCAUACAAAUUCGUGAUGGUUCUGGUUAUUUUGCUUCCUUUUUGACCUAUUCGUCAGAAAUUUUCAAUUUUCAUCGAUUUUUUGAAGAAAUAAUUGAUUUCGUCCAAAUUUGCGAUCUUUCUUGUCAUGAAACAUCCCGCGCAUUCUGCGAAAAAUUCAAGCGCAUUUACCAAUUUUAUUAAAAUCACGCGGUUCUGCCAAUAUAUUUUAAGUGUAUCCGCCAAAUUUUCAAGGAGUGCUUGAAUUCGUCCAAAUUUGUAAUAGUUCUUGUUCUAUUGCCGCUUUUUCAGCGCAUUUGGCCAACUUUUCAGCGUAUUUAGCCGAGAAAUGUGGCAAUUCGUCCAAAUAUUGUGAUCGUUUUUAUCUCGUUUCUAGCGCAUUCGGCAAAAAAUGGAAGGACGUUCAUCAGUUUUUUUUAGAAAAUACGCUCAUUCGGCAUAAAUAUGAAAGAGCAAUCACAAAAUUUUUAAAGAAAUUCGUGAAUUCGUCCAAAUUUGCGAUCGUUUUUAUCUCGUUUCUAGCGCAUUCGGCAAAAAAUGGAAGGACGUUCAUCAGUUUUUUUUAGAAAAUACGCUCAUUCGGCAUAAAUAUGAAAGAGCAAUCACAAAAUUUUUAAAGAAAUUCGUGAAUUCGUCCAAAUUUGCGAUCGUUUUUAUCUCGUUUCUAGCGCAUUCGGCAAAAAAUGGAAGGACGUUCAUCAGUUUUUUUAGAAAAUACGCUCAUUCGGCAUAAAUAUGAAAGAGCAAUCACAAAAUUUUUAAAGAAAUUCGUGAAUUCGUCCAAAUUUGCGAUCGUUUUUAUCUCGUUUCUAGCGCAUUCGGCAAAAAAUGGAAGGACGUUCAUCAGUUUUUUUUUAGAAAAUACGCUCAUUCGGCAUAAAUAUGAAAGAGCAAUCACAAAAUUUUUAAAGAAAUUCGUGAAUUCGUCCAAAUUUGCGAUCGUUUUUAACUCGUUUCUAGCGCAUUCGGCAAAAAAUGGAAGGACGUUCAUCAGUUUUUUUUUUGGAAAAUACGCUCAUUCGUCAUAAAUAUAAAAGAACAAUCAGAAAAUUUUUAAAGAAAUUCGUGAAUUCGUCCAAAUUUGCGAUCGUUUUUAACUCGUUUCUAACGCAUUCGGCCAAAAAAUAGAAGGACGUUUAUUAGUUUUUUUUGGAAAAUACGCUCAUUCGGCAUAAAUAUAAAAGGGCAAUCACAAAAUUUAUAAAGAAAUACGUGAAUUCGUCCAAAUUCGCGAUCGUUUUUAUCUCGUUUCUAGCGCAUUCGGCAAAAAAAUAGAAGGACGUUCAUCAGUUUUUUUUUUGGAAAAUACGCUCAUUCGGCAUAAAUAUAAAAGAACAAUCAGAAAAUUUUUAAAGAAAUGCGUGAAUUCGUCCAAAUUCGCGAUCGUUUUUUUCUUGUUUCUAGCGCAUUCGGCAAAAAAUGGAAGGACGUUCAUCAGUUUUUUUUUUGGAAAAUACGUUCAUUCGGCAUAAAUAUAAAAGAACAAUCAGAAAAUUUUUAAAGAAAUGCGUGAAUUCGUCCAAAUUCGCGAUCGUUAUUGUUUUUUGUUUCCUUUCAAACGCAUUCGGCAAAAAAUACGAGGAGCGUUUACCAAAUUUAAAAACAAAACGCGUUUGGCAAACAUAUCAGAGGCGUCUCAACCAAAUUUUCAAAAACUGCUCGAACUCGUUCAAAAUUUCGAUCGUUCUUGUCCUUUUGCAUCGUUUCUGGCGCCUUCCCCAAAAAUAUGAGACCGAAGUUUUCAAUAAACAUCCGGAUUCGACUUUAUUUUGUUAUUGAGCAAAUUUGAUUUGUAAAAAAAUAUAUAUUGUAGUUAAUAAAGUGAAUAUUCUUCUUU